AUGGAAGAACAGAAUGCUUUAUUCAGAUAUAUCGGCUCUGAUAUCUGUGGAUUCAACCGAGAGACUGAGGAAGAACUGUGUCUUAGAUGGCAUCAACUAGGAGCAUUCCAUACAUUUAUGAGAAACCAUAAUGCUCGCACCAUGCCCCCACAAGACCCGGCACAGUGGAAGUCCGUGGCAAACGCGACUAGGAAAGCCACCCUGUUCCGCUACAGCUACUUACCUUACCUCUUCAGUUUGCAUUUCGAAGCCUCGAUGCGUGGAGGAACUGUCAUUCGCCCUAUUUUCUACGAAUUUCCCACGGAUAACAAAACGCACGACCUCAGCUAUCAGUUCCUCUGGGGUAGCUCUAUGCUUAUCGCCCCAGUAGUGCACAAGGGAGCACAGAAUGUGCAGUUCUACUUACCUAAAGAUGAUUGGUACUCCGUGUCUGAUCACAAGUACGGGCAACUUAUAUGGGAUGGUGAUCAAACAUUCCCCGCUCCAUGGGAUUCAUUGAUUCCAGUGUUCGUCAGA